AUGUCGUUCCAAACUUGUGGCGUCAUCCUGCCCCUCUCCGACUACGCGCUCAACCUCCUGCGCUCCAACUUUACGACGGUGCACUACUACCCGGAGGAGGACAUUCCCGACGAGCUCGCUGCCGAGGUCGAAAUCUGGUACUGUAAAUGGUUCGGCCUGCCGGCGGAAUGGACGCUCGAGAAGGUCCCCAAGACCAAGGUCCUGCAGCUUGCUAGCGCUGGCGCCAACCUCGCUGUCAACCACAGCAUCUUUGAGACGGAGGAGGGCAGGAAGCAGAUCUCGAUCUCUACUUCGUCUGGCAUCCACGUCCACACCAUCCCAAACUACAUCAUUGGCCAGAUUAUCGGUCUGUACACCAACCUGCACACGGCGGUGUACAUCUCGAGGGCCAAGGGACGCUGGCCCCGCCGCCAGGAGCUCCAGUACCGCGCUCCCCUCGACGAGAACGCCUCGACCUCGGCAUACACGUUUGGCAGGACAGGCUCGUACACCCUCCGCGGCCGGACGGCCGGUAUGCUGGGCUACGGCCACAUUGCGCGCGAGACGGCGCGUGUCCUCCAGGUCCUGGGCGUGAACGUCAUUGCGGCCAACACGUCUGGCGAGCGCCGUGUGGACGAUGGCUACAUUGUCCCCGGUACGGGUGACGAGCAGGGCACGAUCCCCAGCGCAUACUACUCGACACAGGAUCCCGCGAGCUUCAACGAGUUCUUGAGCAAGUCGGAUAUCCUCAUCGCCUCGCUCCCGAGUACCCCAGCAACGACGUACCUGCUCACCGAGGAGCAUUUCAAAGCGCUGCCCAAGGACGCGCUCUUCAUCAACGUCGGCCGCGGCGACCUCACAAAGUCGGAGCACAUCCUCGCCGCACUGGACGCAGAGGACGGCCUCCUAGGCGCCGGCCUGGACGUCACCGACCCCGAGCCCCUGCCGGACAAGCACGCGCUGCUCACCCACCCGCGCGCCGUCGUCACGCCGCACACGAGCGCCGACACGUCGGAAUACUUUGACCAUGUAGCCGAGAUGCUCGUGGCCAACGUGACGCGUAUCCGCGCCGGCGGCAAGCCCAUGAACACCGUCGACCCUGCCAAGGGGUACUAG